AUGGCUCAACGACACACCCGACCGUCCGCCGCGUUCAACAAGGAGGCGCUGACAUGCGAAAAAUACCUGAGCAAGCUGGCGAAUCGAGAGAAACAGCUCAAUCAACUGUACCCCGCGAGUGUGAGCGCGAAGGAGAGAACGAAGUCGCCGCACGUACAGCGCGAGAUAAAGCCCCGACCGAACGUUAUACAACAGAACAUACCCCGACCGAAGAGUCUGAAAGAACCUGCAGUGACAUACGCGGACGAAUCCGCCAUGGGCGAGGGAACGAAAUCUGCGAGUAAACAACGAUCGAAGCAAAUAUCCAACAAGGAAUCGUGGAGUCGAAUGCUGAAAGAACACAAAGCCGGCGAUAAAUUUUCGGCUUUCGGCAACUUCGAUCCGCUGCGAACGUUGCAUUUCUUGUCCAAAGAAUUGCAAUACCAGCUGCAAUCGAUUCUACCUAGAGAUGACAAACUCCAACAAAUGGUCUCCGAUAUGCAAUACGCUUUGAAACGAGUCCCCCCCGAAUUAGCCUCGCAAGUUUACCUACUGCAAGGUCUCAAUUUCCUUCAAGAACCCAAACAACAGAUCGAAAAAGACGUGGUAGAAGAAGUCGAAACGCUGGAUUGCGGGGUACAAACUCCGCACGGGAAAUUAUACGAGGACAACGAAAAACUCCAAUCGGUCUUGGCCAAACUGACGAAGAGCUGCAAGCAAAUGGAAUCGGUCUGUUUGGACUUGAGAAAAGAGAAGAUCGAACUCCAAGAAGAACUGGACAUCACCAAAGAAGAAACCGAUUUGUUGAAAAAAAGAAUCGACCAGCUGGAACAUGAGAAUAAGGAAAUCCUUCGCGCUCGUAUAAGCAAUCUGGAAAAGGAGAAAAACGAGCUCAAUAAUCAGCUGAAAAGCGCUGUAUCGAAGUCAAAGAACCAGCUCGAGCAAGCCACCAAUACCCUAAAAUCGCAAAUAAUCGAACUGAAAAGCCAAAAGUCCGCCGUGGAACAAGAGAACGGCAAGCUAAAGCACCAAAUUAAAUUGGACGCGUUAGAACGGGAGAAGUUUAUGUCGAUUUUGGCUUUGAGGAACGCGCAAAUUGACGAAAUUAAAACCGAAAUGGGUCAUUUGCAGGAAAUGGUUAAUGAGCAAUUACUCGACGUACACAACAGCGCUUUCCAGGAUGCGCCCGAUGCCGGGGAAUUAGAUAAACCGGAGAAAUUAGAGAAACAUUACGCGAAAGAGGCCGACAACACGUUAUCGACGAUUACUACCAACGAAUUUUCUCCUGCGCCCCAAAUGGUGGCGUCCUGCAAUUCUUUUCAAUCUUUCAAGGAUUUGGAAACCGCCGAUACCGACGGAAACGGAAGCCUUCCGGAUUUGGAGGCCAUAUUAAAGGACGAGCGAUUUCAAGAGCAACUCAUGGAGAAGCUGAGUUCCCACACCAUCAUUAAAUCGAUGUUCGAUAAGAUCAAAGAUACCGCUUACGCCGUCGCGACGUCUCAAAGAGAUAAGUAA